CCUGCCCAGUACCUCCACUUUCAUCGAGAGAGAAGGGGAGAGUGAGUGAGUGAGAGAGAGAGCGAGAGAGAGAGAGAGAGAGAGAGAGAGAAUCGGCUGACUUUUAGGAUAUGCUUCUGCUCUGCGGUAAAGUUAACAGAUGUCACCCAAGACAAACAGAAGCCUUUCCUGACAUAUAAAUGUGUUUCCCUAGGCUGAAACUUACAUUACUGGCAGGAUGUCCUCCAUAGACCCCUAUCAGUACAUUAUAGUCGAACAUCAAUAUUCUCACAAGUUCAGAGUGACUGUGGUGAGAGCGGAAAAUGUCACUAAAGGCGCGCUUGGGGACUUGCUGGACACGCCAGACCCGUAUGUAGAGCUGUCAAUCCCAACUGCUCCCGAGUCACGAAAAAGAACACGUCACAUAGACAAUGACAUCCAUCCCAAGUGGAACGAAACUUUCGAGUUCCUUCUGGACCCACAGCAGGACAAUGUGUUGGAGAUGACUUUAAUGGAUGCCAACUAUGUCAUGGAUGAGACUCUGGGCACAGCUACAUAUCCAGUCAGCAAACUGAAAGUAGGACAGCCAGAGAUGGUGACUCUGCCUAUUGGCAAGACUACAAAGGUGCACCUGGAGCUGUCAUUGGAAGUCUGUUCGUCCACUGACCUGCGCUUCAGUAUGGCCCUGUGUGAUCAGGAGAAGCUGUUCAGAGAGACACGUAGAGACAGAGUCAUGCUGGGCAUCAAAAAAUUCCUUAACAUGGAAAACCCACGGUUCCUGCCCACCUCACAGAAUGAGGUUCCCACCAUCGCUGUUGUGGGAUCAGGAGGGGGUUUUCGUGCCAUGGUGGGCUUCUCUGGGGUGAUGAAGGCUCUGUAUGAGUCUGGAGUGCUGGACUGUGCUACAUAUGUGGCAGGACUUUCUGGCUCAACAUGGUACAUGUCCACGCUAUACUCACACCCAGAGUUUCCAGAGAAAGGUCCCCAAGACAUCAAUCAGGAGCUGAUGAAGCGUGUGAGCAACAAUCCACUCAAACUGUUGAUGCCACAACACAUCAAACGCUACAUUAAAGCUCUGUGGAAGAAGAAAGCAAACGGCCAGCCCGUCACGUUCACUGACAUCUUCGGCAUGCUCAUCGGAGAGACACUUAUACCGGGGCGGAUGGACACGACACUGAGCUCCAUGCAGGAGAAGGUGAAACUAGGUCAAUGUCCCCUGCCUUUGUUCACUUGCCUGCACGUCAAACCCAACGUCUCUGAACUUAUGUUCGCCGACUGGGUGGAGUUUAGUCCUUAUGAGAUUGGCAUGGCAAAAUAUGGCACCUUCAUGGCCCCUGAGCUCUUUGGCAGCAAGUUCUUCAUGGGCAGCGUUGUGAAAAAGUAUGACGAGAACCCACUACACUACCUAAUGGGUGUGUGGGGCAGUGCUUUCUCCAUCCUGUUUAAUCGAGUCAUCGGAGUGAAGGAGACAACUGGCUGCAGCAGCACUAUGGAGGAGGAGCUCGAGCAAAUUAAACCAGAGCACAUUCUUGGAAACGACACAACAGAUAACGAAGAGGAACUGCGCAGGAUGGGUACAGAAUCUUCUGAGGUGGAGGAGGAGCGGCAGCGUAAUGCUCAGGCAAGCUGGGUGCAGUGGAUGUUCACCUCCAUGGUCGGUGACACGUCACUGUUUAACACACGUGAAGGCCGUGCUGGAAAAGUGCACAACUUCAUGCUGGGCCUGAACCUAAACUCGUCUGCGCCCUUCACACACCGCCAUCCUUUCCUGCCACAGGUCUCUGUUGAGGAUGAAGUGGACGCCGUCACAGAUCCCAAUGAGUUUGUUCACAUCUACGAGCCUCUGGAUGUAAGGAGUAAGAAGAUUCAUGUGGUGGACAGUGGCCUAACCUUUAACCUGCCCUAUCCACUGAUCCUGCGACCCCAGCGGGGCGUUGAUCUCAUCAUAUCUUUCGAUUUCUCAGCCAGGCCGGGUGAUUCCAGUCCUCCCUUUAAGGAGCUUUUGUUGGCUGAGAAAUGGGCACGCAUGAACAAGUUGCCUUUCCCUAAGAUUGAUGUGAAGGUGUUUGAUCGCGAGGGUCUACAGGAGUGUUACGUGUUCAAGCCCAGGCCAGAAGACAAACACUGCCCCACUGUCAUCCACUUCGUCCUGGCCAACAUCCACUUCAGGGAGUUCAAAGCUCCCGGAGUUCCCAGAGAGACGGCUAAGGAGAAGGAGUUUGGUGACUUUGACAUAUUUGACGAUCCUGAGACCCCAUAUUCCACAUUCAACUUCCAGUACUCAAACCAGGCAUUCAAACAGCUGCACGACCUCAUGGAGUUCAACACGCUCAACAACAUUGAGCUUAUAAAAGACGCCAUCAAAGACAGCAUUCUCCAGAGGCGGAUGAACCCGUCACGCUGCAACGUCUCUCUUUCGCUCAAUGAGAUUGAAAACAAGAAGUUCCUGAAACGCGGCAUCGGCAGCAUAAAGAAGGCCACACCUAACAGAUAAACAGAACCAGCGGAUAAAUCACAGUCUCGGCUUCCUGAGAGUUUGGAUGUGGUAUCAAAGUUUGCUGGACAAUAGGUUAAAAUGGAAAUAAGUUAAAGCGAGCAGAACUGGAUACGCUAUGUUAACGCGCAGUAUGCAACUGGCGUUUUUGUGGCGUUUCCAACAUGUUUAAAGCUUUUAGCAGUCAUUAACAAAGAGACAGAUUGUGUUGCCUGUGUACGCACACACACACACACACACACACACACACACACACACACACACACACACACACACACACACACAUACAUACAUACAGAUCUGCAUCUUUACGAUGGGCUUGACUGAGUGAGGAAUGUCCAUACACUCUAAUAAUCAACACACACAGUCUAAAGUGGUUAAGGUUACAGUGUAGAAAACCACAAACUGUUCAAUAUGUAGUGCAUAGUGAUGUCUGAAAACCACGUCUCUGCACUCCCACACAGAAAUCCCACAAUGCACUGUGGUAUGAAUAACAUGUGAAUAUCCAUAACAUACCAUGGAGUUUGGCUUGAAUUCAUAUUUUAAAAAGAGUCCCAAUCUUGCGUGUAUUUCCUGAUUUGUAAGUCGCUUUGGUAAAAGCGUCUGCUAAAUGAAAUGAAAAAUGUAAAUGUAAUCCUUUCUUCCAAGAUGUCUUCCAAGUGUGUAUAUGGUGUAGUUUCAGUGGCUAAGAAAUAGUGUAUAUUGCCCAUAAGGCACUGUCACUGAUUUUCAAUUAAUCAAAAUAUUGUAGAAAACAAAAAGCCCUACAAAACUAUGUUAUUUAUAACAAAUAGCUAAAAGUAAUUUAUUUUACAUCUCUGUGAUUCCUGGCAGUUUAAUCAGGUCUUUAUGUCAUGACAAGUUAUACCUCGUCUCGGUCCUGAUCCUGUGUAGUGUUCGACCCUUUUCUGUAAAUCUAGAGUAAGUUGUCUAGUGUGCAUUCGGUUUAAGACAACUUGCUGACUGUCACACUUCGUUUGUUUAGCUCCAUUUUGAAGACCUGAGACUUCUAGUCGUUGAAAGAUUAAAUUACACAGAAACACAUACUUUCCCUUCCACAAGCUGCCUGAAAGGAUCAGCAGAAAGUGAUGGCAUGAUGUGACAUGUUGUGUACACUGUACACGCACACUUCCUGGCAUCAUGCACACGUUCCAGUGUCUGAAUGAUGUCUGCUCAUGAAAUUCAAGCCUUUUUAUACUGGAAACUUUUCUGUAAGAUAAUAUGCUCAUUCCUGUAAACUGUAUUUUGGAAACUGGUCAAAUGACCAGCCGUUUGAGUGUGGGUGAGGACUGGGAUGACCAGUUCAUUUGUUUUUAUUAUUAUUAUUAUUAUUAUUAUUAUUAUUAUUAUUAUUUAGUAUGUAUGUGCCAUUUUCUGUGUAUGUACUAUAUAUCAGUAAUGCAAAUAAAUAUUUCUGAUGUUUCAUUAGAAUAAGAUUUAUUUAUACUGUUAAUUACAAAGUUCAGGAGAGUCACUCAAAGUAACUUUUAUGUUUGUAAUCUUAGUAUUUUUGUGUAGUAAGUAGACUUAUUUAUGAAUCAAGUAUGUUUAACAUCAUCUAAGUUCUGUGGCAUUAUUGAAGGCAAUUUGACCUCAUGACUUUAUAGUUAACUCUACAGUUAAUAGCAAAUAACACUGUACAAUUGGCACUUGAUAACACUAACAAUGAAAAUGAGAUACAACAACAUGUACUGCAGAAUGAGAACUGUUUGUCUUCUUGGUUAUGGAAAUAACCAGGUUGUGCAGACAAAUCAUUCAUUUUAUUUUUAUUUUUUGACAGACCAUUGAAGAAAAAAGAUCUUCAGAAAUCACUAUCAGUGGUUGAUGUGUUACACUUACUUCAGGGAGUAUGUGCUUGAUAUGCAUCCUGAAUUAAAGACUCUUCAAAUAAUGAUAUUCAAAAGUUUUGUUGUAUUUUAUUGGAUCCAGAAUAUCUCUGUAAUUAUUUAAAUUGUUGUACCCUAAUAAAAAUCCAGUUCAAUCUGGAUAACCAAGA